AUGGCGUGCUUUUUCUGGGUGCUUCUUUUAGCUCUACUCUCUGUGAUUCCCUUACUGAAUGGAUUCGCACAAGCCACUCCACAUGGGCUUUCCUUCAAAUCUCGGCGUGAUGAUUCAGUGGAUUUCGACGUAUCCGUGUUAGCUUCGCUUGGUGACUCGUUUGCUUCAGGCCCGAGUGCUGGAGAUGAGUAUGACGACUCGCCGUGCCGCCGUUUUACCGAGGCAGCUGGCCCUCAGCUCGCACGUUCCGGCGAAAUAAAAGGUCCCAAACCGAUCGACUUCAACUUUAUCGCAUGCUCGGGGGCAAGGUCCAAGCAUAUAUAUGAAGAUCCAGGAGCAAGAUCGAGUUCGGGUGGGGGAGGCAAAGAGAAAUCAAAGCGUUCCCAAGCCAACCAGCUCGCAGAUUCGAAGAAAGGCUUCGACAUGAUAACAUUGAGCAUUGGAGGGAAUGAUGCAAACUUCGUCGAUGUAUUGGACAGAUGCGUGUACCGCUUCAAAGACGUUAAGGGAUGUGCUGGUUGCACGCCAAGUGUAACUCAUAACGACUGCUCUGAUGACUGCUCCGCCGCAUUGGAGGAGCUGGACGGACGUCUAGACAACGAAAACUUUAUUCCUGGCCUCACACGCUCCAUUCAGGCCAUUUUCAAUGCCGCACCCAAGGCUCAACUUUUCAUGACCGGCUACCCGGCUUUUUGGAAUGCAGAAACGGAUGCGUGUGAUAAAGUCAGCUUUAAGUUCGGCUGCAUCAAUAAUUCCGUCCUACCACUGAUUAGAGAGCGCCGUCGACGCAUGAACGAUCUGACUAGGAAGUUAAACGGGAUAAUCAAAAGGGUUGUUACUGCAACAAACCCGACAGGCGGAGGCUCUAUUCACUUCGUCGAUGUGGAUCCAUACUUUGACGGACAUCGGUUUUGUGAAGAAGGUGUUGACGAGCCCAGCUAUCGUAAUUCGGAUAUCUGGUUCUACCCCUUUGAGUAUUCAACUGGGGGAACUUUAAACAUCUCUGCUUCACUAACUCACGAAGCAAAUUCAGACCAAUGCUCUUCAAUUUGGGAUGACGAUGGAGAUGCCGGAGAUUAUUUCAACUGUCUGCUGGAGAUUGGUAUGGCAGCCGAUGGUAUUACUAUCGAUCUCGGCUCAAUGCCGAAUAAUGUCGCUGGCGAUGACGACUUGGGGGAUCUAACUGUAGAGCGUGUGAGCAGUGGGUCAGGUUCACUCCCCGCGUUCUUAGCACGGAUUUUCCACCCCACGGUUAAGGGGAUGACGGCAUACAAGCAGGCUCUUCUUGGCGUAUACCAUGGGUCUGUUACACCGCCGCUGGAACCAGCUGUUACACCGCCGCGGGAACCAUCAUCUGCCACAAAAACUGCAGCUGGUACGCCACCGCUGGAACCUUCAUCUGCCACAAAAACUGCAGCUGGUACGCCGCCGCUGGAAUCUUCAUCUGCUACAAAAACUGUACCUGAUAUGCCGCCAUUGCCAACAUCACCGCUGGAAGCAUCUUCAGUUACAAGCAAAUUAGCUAAUAUGCCGUCACUGGAAACGUCGUAUGUACAAAUGUAG